UCAGAAGCCACAUAUAAAAUAUUCGUCUCAUUUUUCUCUCGCUCUCUCUCUCACACACACUACCUAUCAACUCUCUACUCCCUCUCUUUCUACGUGUGUGAAAACAUGAAGACUAUGAAAUCAAAGACCAUUUUGGCACUUGGGUUUCUUUUGUUUUUUCUCAUAUUGUCUCAUCCAUCACCAACCCAAGCUCAAGAAGUUGAGGAUGAAAGAGAAUUUGAUUAUGCGAGAGAUGGGCAUAUGGGGCCGGAGAAAUGGGGGGAGAUAAAGAAAGAAUGGUCGGUGUGCAGCAACGGGACGAUGCAGUCUCCGAUUGAUAUGUCGAGUCAGAGGGUGAAGAUGAUGGCCAGUUCUAACAAGCUGUUCACAAACUACAAGGCUCGUAAUGCUACGAUCAAGAAUAGAGGUCAUGACAUUAUGCUAGAAUGGGAAGGAGAUGCGGGGUCAAUUCGCAUAAAUGGCACCGAGUAUGCUUUGAAACAAGCUCAUUGGCACUCGCCUUCGGAGCAUUCCAUCAAUGGCAGAAGAUAUGCCAUGGAACUACAUCUUGUCCACCUCAGCACUGAUGGCAAAAUAGCUGUCAUUGGUGUGCUUUAUAAUAUUGGCAAACCUGACCAUUUUCUUUCAAAGUUGAUGGUAAAUAUAACAGCUAUGAUAGACCAAAAGGGUGAGCAUGAACAUAGUGGGGUUAUAAAUCCCAAAGAGAUUCAAAUGAGUAAUAGAAGAUACUACAGAUACAUCGGCUCACUUACUGUUCCUCCUUGCACCGAAGGAGUUGUUUGGACCAUAAGCAAAAAGAUAAGAACUGUUUCGAUAGAUCAAGUUAAAUUGCUUCGAGAGGCUGUGCACGAUUAUGCAGAAAAUAAUGCAAGACCAGUACAACCGGUGAAUCAACGAGACCUUCGAGUUUAUGGUCCAGCUUCGACACAAUAGUUAUGGAUGUAUGGAUCAUUAUAGACACUUAAAUAUUUUGUAGUACAUGCUAUCCAUCUUGGUUCCGUAUUAAUGAUAUAUAUAUAUAUAUAUUGAUUCUUUA